CAUGUGUAAUAGGUCAUGCUUGUCAAAAUAACUGUUUCUUUGUCCUAUUAUCCUGGAUGCCAAUGUAUUUUCAUGAUACAUUUCCAGAAGUAAAGGUAAUUUAUUAUUAAUGAAUAUUUGUAUUAUAUACUUUGAUCAUAUGAUAUGUUAAGAUCCUUUUUGUUACUUCUAGGGUUGGGUUGUAAACAUGGUACCGUGGCUAUCCAUGCUGCCUUGUACAUUUUUUGGUAAAGCUCUUUCUGAAAAAAUAAUAAAAGCAGGAUAUUCCAUUACAGUGACACGUAAAAUAAUUGAAACAAUAUGUUUUUUAACGGAAAUUAUAAGUUUAUUAUUUUUAGGUACGCUUAUAGUCUGUAGAGAAGUUAGAAAAAAAUAUUACAAUUAAUUUUAAAAUAAUUUCAGCAAAAGUAGAAACUUUUCAAAGUGCAAUAAUUUGUCUUGCAUUUAUAAUUGGUGGAUCAGGUUUUCAUAAUAACGCAAUUGCAGUAAAUCCUUCAGAUCUUGCACCAAAACAUUCUGGAAGCGUAUUUGGAUUAAUGAAUACUGUUGGUGCCAUACCUGGUAACCUUUUACUUGAUAUAUAAACGUGAAAUUUAAUAUGUCAAAAAUUUACUAAUAAAAAUGUUUUCAGGAUUUCUUGGGGUGUAUUUUUCUGGAUAUAUAUUACAUGUAACUCGCAGCUGGCCUGUUGUAUUUAUAUUUAUUGCUGUGAUAGAUGCAUUAGGAUGUAUAAUAUAUUUAUUGUUUGGUUCGGGUCAAGCAAUUAUAUAAAAUGCCAUCCUUAUCAUAUUAUCCUUUUAUUAUUCUUAUUGUUCUUUUAUUGUAAAUAAAUCUUAUCCUUGAAAUUGGAAAGAAUUACUAAAACAAUAAUAAUUAACUAUUUAUAACUUUAAAGUAUAGACAAUUUUUCAUCCAGUAAAAAAAAUCCAGGAAAAUUCAUCUGAAAAUUCAUUUGUUCUUUCACGAACCAUGUUAUUUAUUUUUACAUUUCUUACUGUAUUAAUAGUUAAUUUCCAUAACUUCUAUACUAAUAGUAUAACUAUAUAGUAUAGUAUCUAGUAAUUGUAUUGAUAUUACGAGAAAUGUUGAAAGCAAUAAAAAAUUCGGUGUAAAUAAUUGAUUACUUGAUCUUGUUUUAUUGAAACUUAAUCUUUUACACAUGUUACAUUUAAUUAAUAUUGUAACUAUAAAAAUUUCAAAAACGUCUAAAAAAAUAUAUGAUAUAGAUUCGAUAAGAUAACACAUUCAAAAUGAAAUCUAACGUCUAAUGAAAAAAUCUAACAAUGCUCAAACGUGAUAUCUAUGUAUGAUUUUCUAGUGUAUAAUGUUAAAACGCAAUCGAUUAAAAUUCCGAAUUGGUAAUUGCCUACCAAUCGUUACACAAUAUUUUACGAAAAUAAAUUUUAGCGUAUUACGUCAAAUGUUAAAAUGUUUUUUUAAUUGACGAUGAAUAAAAGGCCAAUGCGAUGGGUUGAUACAUGUGAUUGCCACCUACAUGUAAAUGCCUCUUUAUUGUAGAUUGGAGCAGCAAGUGCCUGAUGCCUUUUUUAACGCGAGCAUGUGAACGGAUCUCGAGACUCGACUUUUCGACUUGGAACAUCUCCUGAGAAUUAAUGUACGCAGUAGGGACAAUUGCAGAGGUGGAGUUUUAUUUUUAACGGGACGAUCUGUACUUGUCUCCGCGAAGUUUUUGACGAACGUAUGAUUUGUUCGUUGACGCUUGUCGUUUUCACCGAUCGUUCGGUCGUGCCUGCCUCUGCCUGCUGCCGCGAAUGUGGAUACUUCACAGUGUGCUGUACUGCUGCUGCCACCGCUGUGCGUUUGAACUGUCCUCCACGGCUGAUUGCCUUUGGAUUUUAACAAAUCUUUCACAUUCGUGAACGCUUUGAAACUGGUUCGUUAUUGUACCAGACCCCGCCGCGAUUGUCACUUGAUAGCAACACCCGAGGCGCCAAAGCUGUCCGCAUCGGCGCUUUCUUUAGCCCAAGUGGUAUCAAUGUUGUCUGGCAAUGGUGUGUAAGGAGAACGUGGUAUCAUGGUUUGGGAAUCUGUCCAGUUAUAAACGCAUCGAUGUCAUGUGCACGUUAUUAAACAUGUGCCUGCCAUUUGAAGUACGAUACCUUGGCACUUGUGUAGAGGAUAUUGGUAAACGGGAUUACAAUGAUCUCCGUGAUACUGAACAUCAUGCAAACAGUGCCUCUGAUCUCGCAGAGUUAACAACCUUAGGUGUGGCAGAUAAGCGCACACGAAGAAAACUUGCUCUCUAUAUGGCAUUAUUACAUUCAUGUAAUUAUGCAUGUGCUGUAAUCUUGUACAAGAAUUUAUCAAAUUUUGACUAUCAAGAAAUCUCUAACCUAUUAAAUGGGACCACCUUUACACCGGAUGAUCAACCCCUAGAAGAGCUGCUCUUAUUGUAUACAAUGGCUUUAAAUCAUCCAGCAUUUACAUAUGAGCAGAAAAGUGUCUUCGGGAAUAUUUAUAUAAAGCUUCAAGAAGAAGAAGCUCGUCUGAAUCUCUCAAAAUCAAAUUCAUCUUAUAAACAAGAGAAAUGUCAAUGAGAAAUAAUAUGGUAACUGGAGUACCUCCUGGUCUUUCCAUGCCUCCACCUGGAUUAUGCCUGCCAACUCCAGAACAAAUGCCAAUGGGAUCAGGUGGUGCAACACAAUACCUUCACCUUGGCUUUCCAUCAGUAAAUCAUAUGCCACCAUGGACAGGUCAGGUUAUGAUGGGGAAUCAACUGAUGUAUCACACUGGCGACAUGUUGGCUUAUCCACCUUCCCCCUUAGUCAGCCGUCAAUCGUCACCAUCCCAGUCUCGAUCUCCUAGUCGUAGCAAUUCCCCAAUGGGUCGCAGAAAUAAUACAAUGCCACGCACCUCUUCACAAGUGACUCAAUCUACUUCGAAUACCUUAACAUCAACGAGUGCCUCUAACAGUCAAACAAGCAUCUGCAGCUCAAAUGUCAAUUCCCUUCCUCCGCUUCCCACACUGGGUACGAACAGAAGUCAUCCUAGUCAACCUCCAUUGCUUCCAUCACGCUCUGUUCCCUUGUCUAUCAGCAGUUCUACUACUUUUUCACGGCAUAAUAGCAUCGAGAAUACUCCUUCUACCUUAAUUCCGGCAGCACCUCAAUCAAAACAACCACCACCGCCACGACUGCGAUCUUCAAUUUCUGGUGAUUCUUUACGAGAAACUUUAGGGAAAGAAAUGCCAAAUUUCAAAGGCAAUUUGCAGAAUUUUUCUCUUGAUGAGAUCCGAAGAAUGAGUGAUGAGGAUUUGAGGGAAAUAGGAUUAACACCAAAUGCAGUAGGACAAUUAAGAAGUAUCGUUAAGAGUCAAACUACUAACGGCUUAAAUCAAAUUUCUACUGAUAAAAAAUUAGAUAAUACUAAUAGCACAACACAUACAGUUGUAGAUUCAGUUGAAAAUGAGAGUAUACCGGGAAUGGAGAUGUUGAAUGAUAAUGGAAAUCAAAGCAGUAAGUCAAUGCCAUUACAGGAACAGCAUCCAGCAAUGCAUCAUCAUCAUAAUCAUGCAGCUACUCCUAAUUUACGGCGAUAUCCUACUAUGCCACCAUUAGAUCCUGCGCAAAUACAAAUGUAUCCCGCACCGCCACCGAUGUAUGCUGCACAGAAUGCACCAUGCUAUGCCUGUCUUACCUUACCUGUUGCCGGGGUACAAAAUCGAUAUUCAAGGUGUAAUGCUCAACACGUGUAUUGUUUAACGCAAUUACAAGCCUUGAGGUUAGAUCCUGAAAGUAGCAAACACUGUUCACAGAGCAGUAGUUCUGAUAGUACCGGUAGUAGAUCUCCUCCAGAAACUCCUCCGGCAGCACCGUGGGUGAGCGGAAGUGAGAGUAAUGCACCGCCAGUUACUGACCACCUUAGCUCUGCACCGGUACAUUCUACAAGUGCUGUAUCACAUCCAGCAUCCCAACAGCCUAUACAGUCAGGCCCGGAAAGGCAACGUAAUAGAAGAAAUCAGACGCACGUAAUAAAAUAUAAUCAUAAAAAUCAAAUGGUGAACGGCGGUGGGCCACCGAAUCUUUCGCAAUGCGUUUCCUUUCCUGCGCCACCUUCGCAGUCGCAGGUCACAUAUCUGCCGCAUGGUCAUUUCCCGGCUUUGAGACCGAGUAGUGGUAUUUAUUCUAACUUCUCGCAUGGACCGUAUGCAAGGCCAGCUUAUCCGGCCACGUACCAACCAAAUGGUGAAAUGAUGUAUCAAUAUCCUGGUCAUCCAUCUUCGGGAGGAACACCACCACCUCCACCAAAUGCUGCGACACCCGUUCAGGCGCCGUAUAUGCCACCUACUCCAGUUGUCACAUACGCACCAGCUGCCGUCCCACCAACGAAAAUUUCGUGUUAUAAUUGUGGCAGUAAUAGCCAUCUUGCAAUUGACUGUAAAGAUCAAACAAUGGAGGAUCUCACCAAAAAAGCUCAAUAUCGCUUAGAUUACAGUAUAAUGAAACAACCUGGAGAGUGCCCAAGUUCUGACAAGUGAUCCCCUGCCGCGGACCAUCCAGCAAUUUAUCAUUAUCAUUAUUACCGUAAUUACUGUUACCAUCAUUGUCACUAUUAUUAUUACUACGAACCCGCCACAGCAAUACAACCUAAGUACCGUUCGAAAGAUGACUGCUAUCGCUCCUUGUGCAAGUUUUCGGUGAUUUUUGUAGACAUCCCUUAUAUUCAAGAUGACGAUUUUUUAACAGAGGAAGUUUCACGAUUCACGGUACCAGGUAUACUUUUUACAAGUUCUUAUUUAUGAUAGUAAUUCUUAAUUAUGUAAAAAGAUGUAGCGUCAUGUAUAAAAAGUAAAACGAAAAGAAGCAUAACGCAGAAUGCUCUUAUUUAUGUUUUUAGAAUACAUUUUGAAAGAUUUGUGUUAGGUAUUGACUUGUGUCUUACCAACGAUACGUAUGAAUUACAUAUAGAGACACAUACACAUACAUACUCACAUACACAUUCACAGCACGCCCAAUUUCUCACUAUUUCUCUAGUAACUAGCCAUAAAAGGAAUACAAGAAAAAAAGAACGCAUUGUGCUCUGAUUAGAUGAAACUACCAUGUUUGACUAUAUUUAUCAUUGAUACUUUUACUUCUACUAGUAUGUCCACUACUACUAUUACUACUAUUACU